CGCCCAGUCGCAGUUCUACUACAACCGCAUUCCCGCCGCCGAGUCCUACACUCGCUCGUCGCGCUCCGACUCGCGCCAGGACCCUGCAGCAGCCGGCCGACCCGGAACCGGCGCCGACAUGCGCAGCAGCAUCAGCACUCUGCCGUCCCCUCGGCCGCCCUCGUCGUCGGCGGCGUACGAGUCGACUCGACCUGCAUCAUCGAGCCUCGCGCCAUCGCAGGGCACAGCGCGCCCUCGCAGCGCCGGCCCGCCGCCCGGCGGCUCGUACUCGGCGUGGGCGACAGCUCGCCCCGACUGCCACCUCGGCCACGGCGCGCCCGCCUCGUACGGCACGGCGAACGGCGUGGUCGCCGAGGCGGACGGGUCCAAGCCGCCGACGCCGACGACGACGCUGCCGCCCUUGUCGUCGCUCCUCAACCCGUCGAGCGGGCCUGCGCCGCCGCACUCGUUCGGCGAGGACGAGCGAGGGAUCGACGCGUUCGACGACGCCGACGAGCGGGCGCGCAAGAAGCAGCGACAGCAGCGUUGAGCCCGUCGCUCGGUCGCUCGUGGUCGUCGUCGUCGCCCUCGUCGACUUGCCUCCCACCUUCGUCCCUCCCGCACGUUCCUCCCUCCGCACCAACAUCGCCUCUCUCUUCGUUAUAGCUGUCCCUCUGUCUGUAGAUGUCGCAGUCCGACCUCCAACUCGUCGUCCUCCCCUCCUUUGUCGGCAGUGUCUCCUCCCCUCUCGUUCUCUCUCGCCACCCCGCCUCGUCGCAUCUCGCAACUCGCAAAGAUACCUCUCCCUUUC